GUCUAGCCCAAGGGGGCCCGGAUCUAUGGGUCUGUCUUUCUACAGUAGAAAUAAGGAUAGUGAUCUAUGCUUGUCUUUUUGAUAAGGUCAGUGAAUAAUUUCCUGAUGACCGGCCCGAAGGCGUAUCUCAUCUACUCCAGCAGCGUGGCGGCCGGGGCCCAGAGCGGCAUUGAGGAGUGCAAGUUCCAGUUUGCAUGGGACCGCUGGAACUGCCCCGAGAGAGCGCUGCAGCUCUCCAGCCACGGCGGGCUGCGCAGUGCAAACCGAGAGACAGCCUUUGUCCAUGCCAUCAGCUCGGCGGGCGUCAUGUACACGCUGACGAGGAACUGCAGCCUUGGGGACUUCGACAAUUGUGGCUGUGAUGACUCCCGCAACGGACAGCUCGGGGGACAAGGCUGGCUGUGGGGCGGCUGCAGCGACAAUGUGGGCUUUGGGGAGGCCAUUUCCAAGCAGUUUGUGGAUGCCCUGGAGACGGGACAGGAUGCCAGAGCAGCCAUGAACCUGCACAACAACGAAGCUGGCCGGAAGGCAGUGAAGGGGACCAUGAAGCGGACCUGCAAGUGCCACGGCGUGUCAGGCAGCUGCACCACCCAGACUUGCUGGCUGCAGCUGCCUGAAUUCCGGGAGGUGGGCACGUACCUGAAGGAGAAGUACCACAAAGCCCUGAAAGUGGAUCUGUUGCAAGGGGUGGGCAACAGUGCGGCCAGCCGGGGGGCCAUCGCUGAGACCUUCAGCUCCAUCUCCAAGAAGGAGCUGGUCCACUUGGAAGACUCCCCCGACUACUGCCUGGAGAACAAGACCCUGGGGCUGCUGGGGACCGAGGGCCGGGAGUGCCUCAAGCGGGGCAAGGCCCUGAGUCGGUGGGAGAAGCGGAGCUGCCGGCGGCUGUGCGGGGACUGUGGGCUGGCCGUGGAGGAGAGGCGGGCCGAGAUGGUGUCCAGCUGCAACUGCAAGUUCCACUGGUGCUGCGCUGUGCGGUGCGAGCAGUGCCGCAAGAGGGUCACCAAGUACUUCUGCGUCCGCAAGGAGAAGCGGGAACGGAGUGGGGGCGGCAGGGCCACUCGCAAGCUCAAGAGGAAACCUUAAUGCCAUCCUGGUGCCCCGUUUCCUGCCCCCCCGCAGCAUUCUGUCCUGGCUCUGUUCUGUUCCCCAGCACAGCCCCAAGGAAGGUGUCGGCUCUUGGCCACUGUCCAGCUGGUGCUUGAAACGGUGCCUCUGGUGACUAUGGCAGGCCAUAGGCUGCUGCUGGCAGGGCCUUGCCUGCACUGGGAAGUGGACCUCACCUCCAGCAAUCUGUGGCCCACACCCCCAGCAUAGACAAAGCCAGCUGGGAUUUGCACCCCUAAAUCCAGAGCCACACCCCUCCGGCCUGCCGCGUGGCAGGGGUGACUCUGGAUUUACAGUAGCAACACCAAGAACUAGCUAGUUAACACCAGAUGGAAACAUUGCUGUUCCAGUCUGUGUCCCGGGGCAAACACAAGGUUGGCAUCAGGGAGCCUUAGCGCCCAAAGCUUGCCAGGUCUGUGCACCAGACUACUAGACUAGAGAGAGCGGCAAUCAAAGCUGGGCCUGGGGAGCAGUCCUGCAAACUUUGAGCCAGUCAAGCCGCCAGUGCUGGGUUUGGGCAGCAGCACCGCAGGCUCGGCGACUGCACAUCGGGGCUCGGCAACUGUCUGCGGGCCUUGUUUAAUAUUCCCUGUGCAGGACUCUCAACAGUCAGAGGCAUUUUAAAAAACCCCACUGCCUCUCCCAUGAGGGGUGAAGGGAGAGAGAAGGGGUGCAGCCAGCCCCGGGUGAGAAAGGCCCCUGCUUCGCCCCUCCCCCUUGGCUCAGCUCUGCCAUUCCUUACAGUGCACCGCAGUGUAAGUAAGCGCCUUAGCGGGGUGAGAUUCCAGGGUGCCAUUUGACCUGCCUAAUCAGCUGCUGUCUGGCUGCGUCCAGCCAGGGAUCCCAUGACUCACGCUCUCAUGCUCACACUGCAUCAGGGCUCCCCGCCACGCCGGGGGUGUUCCUCCCGCCGUCGGCUCUCACAUGCUGCCCCACGGAGGCUCCUCGACUGCCGCUCUCCAGCCCCACCGCGUCUUCCCAAGGCUCUUCAAAGGAGGGUUUGAGCAGACGAGCACCCCCUCCCCCUCCCCCCGCAAUUGCCAAGCACUCUUAUGCCUCACACUAACUACUAACCCCUUCCCCCUAGGCUGAGAACACCGGUGGUAACUAUUUAAUGGUGGUGUAAAUAGGACAGUUGAGCACUUUGAUGUUUAAUUUAUUGCACAGUGACUGUGAUGUAUACAUAACAAUUUGCCUUGACACUGAUUGUAUAUAUGCUGCAGGCAGAGUGUGCAUUGUAAAGAGUUGGCUGAUAUGUCUCUGGUCCUAGCCAGGGGGUGAGAUACGCUCUGUCAGCCGCGGGACGUGGGAGUUCACUGCACCGGCACCGCGAUUGAACGCUUUCCCGCAGGGCUGUGCCUUUGUCGCCUGUUCUGCUGCAGUGGCCGCUGUUUGAAAUCUCUUGUAGACUGAUCAGGAGCCAGCCUAGAUAAAUUGCUGGCCAG